CGUAUUUGUGCCAGAGCAACAUCGUCAAUUCGUCAUAAUCCCACCGGGACAGGGAACACACAAACACAGCGUUCGCUAAUCUAAUAGCUACCAUUCUCUCUCUUCUCUCUCAUCCCCCUCUCUAUCUUUUCUCUACCGUGUAUUUGGGCUCUCCAAAAUCGAAAUCACAAUCAAAAUCACCCUUUGGGGGCGACGCUGCCGCUCCUAGUUCCGCUGCUCCUUCUUUCCGGUAACUUCUUCCCGCAUUCCCACACCCACCUUUACCUUCUUUACCGGCUAUUCCCGGUCUCCUGUUCCUCCUCCUCCUUUCUCCAAUCACAAUCACAAUAACAAUUAUAUAUGGCAAAGCCAAAUUAAUUAGCCCAGUUUUCACCCGCGGUUAUAUCAAUUUAAAAUGUUACAUACCUUUUCUCCAUUCACAUAUUAAAAAAAAAAAAAAGAAAAGAAAAGAUAGAAGAGGCAUCAUUGAUUGUGGCGUGAGAAAGGUAAAAGGGACGGUUCUUUCUAUAAGUGAUUCUCUUUUCUCCUUCGGCGUGUGUGGGCUCUAGUAUUCUAUACGUCGCAUGUGAACGAGGGGAUCUGAUAUCACAGGCAUAUAUAACGAUCCUAAUAAUUAAUAAAUAAAAAUAAAAGAAUAAUAUCGAAGCAAUAAUUGUGAUUGUUAUUGCGGCGUGAUAAUAUAUAUAUUGUAGGGGCAGCAUUGGUGGGUUUGAACGUAGAAUGAAAACGGACAAGUGGGCAUUGGCAAAGAGUAUGGGGAGGAUUACAAGGAUUGGGGGUUUCGCAAUUUCUAGAAAAGAAAACCAGCAACAACCUUUAAUUACCUGCACCACUUUCAACAUACUUGCCCCCAUCUACAAACGCAUCAAUCAUGAGGACCCGAGUUGCCGCGAAAGUGAUUACAGAACGUAUUGGUUGGCCAGGAACCACAGCAUAUUGGAUUGGCUCUUGUCUGAAAAGUCUUCCAUUAUCUGUCUUCAGGAGUUUUGGGUUGGAAACGAAGAGCUUGUUAACUUGUAUGAGAAUAGACUUGGAGAUGCUGGUUAUGUUAGUUUCAAGCUUGGGAGGACCAACAACCGUGGUGAUGGUCUUCUGAUAGCAGUGCAAAAGGAAUUAUUUAAUAUUCUUAAUUAUAAGGAGUUACACUUCAAUGAUUGUGGUGAUCGUGUAGCUCAGUUGUUACAUGUUGAGCUGGCUCUUCCAUGUUCACAGUGGAAAAACAGUGAUGUUAGGCAAGAAAUUCUGAUUGUAAACACUCACCUACUAUUUCCUCAUGAUUCAACCCUGUCCCUUGUAAGACUAAAUCAGGUCUAUAAGAUACUUCAAUAUGUAGAAUCCUAUCAGAGAGAUUUCCACCUCAAGCCCAUGCCAAUCAUGUUAUGCGGUGAUUGGAAUGGAAGCAAACGUGGACAUGUUUACAAGUUCCUUAGGUCGCAAGGGUUUGUAUCAUCUUAUGAUACGGCACAUCAUUAUACUGAUGCAGAUGCGGACAAGUGGGUUAGCCACCGAAAUCAUCGUGGAAAUAUAUGUGCUGUUGAUUUUAUUUGGCUUCUAAAUCCUGACAAAUAUCGAAAACUACUAAAAGCAAGUUGGACUGAAGCAGUGUUUGGCAUGUUCAAGUAUCUGCUGCGUAGAGCUUCACUGACUGAGAAUGAUGCAUUUGCCUUACUAAAGGGUGAAAAUGAAGAUUGUAUUACCUUCUCUGCUUUCCGUGAAGCACUUCGAGAGCUUAAUUUGAUUGGCCAUUGCCAUGGGCUAAGUGAAGAAGAGAUAAAGGAAUUAUGGGUCCAAGCAGAUGUAGAUGGAAAUGGGGUUCUUGAUUACAAACAAUUUCUGAAUAUCUGGAGUUCAACAAAUUUAGACGAGAAAGAUGAGGAGCAGGUCAACAACACAAAUGAUGCUCAGGAGCAAUCAAUUGGUUUCAGUGUUAAGAACGCAGUUCUGUCCCCUCCGGAGGUGGAGAAAGGUAGAUGGCCUGAAGAUUAUUCUCUCUCUGAUCACGCACGACUCACCGUAGAGUUCUCACCAAUAAAAAUGCUAUGCUCCCAGUUGAUUUGCUAAUAAAACUUGGAGGCAUUGUGUAGCUUAGGUUUUAGAAUUAAGACUUGUGUACAUAGAUAACAAGGUAAUUGAAUGGGUGAAAGGAGUAAAAUGGAUCAGAAAGGUUACUGGAGUUCCCAUUAUGGGAAGACUUUAAACAGCCCUGUGAUCUCUCGGUCUCUCACACUCUUGCAACGCAUAGACAGCACAAGCAAAAACUCAAAGUGGACAAAUUUGAAGUUACAUCACUCUAGUAUGCUCAUACAUAUCCGUUGAAUUGCUGAUUUUGAUAUUUGCAGUAAGCGACAUUCAUCCUCCCCAUGUUGUUUUAUUCAUUUAUUCUUCAUUGUUCAAAGAAUGGACAACAGGGUAGAAAUGAUAGAAAAGGGAAAAAAAAGAAAAAGAAAAGAAAAGAAAAUCAAUUGAUGUAUAUAGUUGUGUAUACUGUAUAGGAGUUAGGCAUCAGCCUUUUUGUAGCUUUGGUGAGAUGCACCGUCUAGCUAUUGAAACAGAGGAGGGUUCAGACACAAUUGUAUACAGUGACAUAUUUCACUCUCUCUGUAGAGUUUUGAAAUGUUCAAAUUGUACAAAAAAUGAUAAACUUUAGAGUUUCUCUCUAUAUUUGUAAAUUACUCUAGUAAUUCAUUGUAGAGUUUAUUUCAAAGUUGAAGAAAA